UCUGUGGACUGUGACUCUAUAUCGCUGAUCAGUUUACCCAUAGUGGACUUUUACAUGGAUCUAUAAUUGCACAUUGGAAAAACGGACAAAGGACAUAUUUUAGCGGACUCUGAAUUGGAUCAAUGAGUUUUUAAAAAUCCGGAACGUAAGGACAGUUUCCUUAGCAGGGAACUGGAUUGCCUUCUUCAUGCAACUUUUUUGGAAAGAGACCAAGAGCAUCUUACCGGAGCACAAUAAGGAACACAUUAACGGUGACAUCACACUCAUUCCGGGAACUGUAGGUUUCUCACUCGGCUCCGCCGGAUUAAUGUUCCAAGGGUUCCCCGGUGACUUUGAUUCCGUCUCCCGUGGAAGUUUGUCCUUGUCUAUUGAGUCUCAGUACUUUUCCUCAGUGGACUCCUUCGGGAGCCCGCCGGCCAGUGCAUCACAGGAUUGUGUGUCUGCUGGAGGCGGGGAAGGGGUAGGCAGUGGUUCUGGGGGCAGCAGUGGAGGAGUGGACAUGCCAGGCUCCUUUGUGCCCACAGUCACAGCCAUCACCAGCAGCCAGGACCUGCAGUGGAUGGUGCAGCCAACUCUCAUCUCGUCCCAGGCCUCUGGCCAGAGUGGGAUGGGGACCUCUACUAUGACCCAGUCUGUGUCCCUGGUAGACCCUUAUGAUCUGCCAGGGCCCAGUUAUUCCUCUGGCUCAGGUUUUACUCCCGCAGGCUCUGAUACCCGGGGGCCAGGCCCAGCUCCGGGCCCCAUGCGCCAGUCCAGGACCCGUAGUCGCCGUGUACGAGACGAGUCUGUGAGUGACGAUGGAGAUGUUGGUGUGUUUUUGACUCCAGAGGAGCAGGAGAAGAGGCGUGUUCGACGCGAGAGGAACAAGCUGGCAGCCGCCAAAUGCCGAAACCGCCGGCGCGAACUCACUGACAGACUGCAAGGGGAGACUGACAUCCUGGAGGAGGAGAAGUCUGAGCUGGAGGCUGAGAUCUCUGAGCUGCAGAAGGAGAAGGAGCGCCUGGAGUUUGUCCUGGUGGCUCACCAGCCCAGCUGCAAGAUCCCCUACCAGGAGCAGCAGGCCUCUGGCUCCACACAGCUCCAGCAUCAGCCCCUACUGCCCCUACAGGCCCCCGUCUCCAUCGUGGGCUUGACUGUGGAGGACACUUUCUACCUGCCUCCCGCCUACACCUCACAGCCCUCCUCUUCGCAGCAGCAGCAACAACAGCAGCAGGUUCAACAGCAGCAGGUUCAACAGCAGCAGCAACAACAGCAGCAGGUUCAACAGCAGCAGCAGGUUCAACAGCAGCAACAGAUUCAACAGCAGCAACAACAGCAACAGGUUCAGCCGCAGCCGGGGAUGAUGCAGGAGGUAGCGUUUUCUAGUUCUUUCUAUGGCUCAUGCGAGCCUGCGCCGGGUGGGCCGUGCCUGGUGGCCGACGGUGGGGGUGGUGGUCACCAUGAUGGCGCGGCCGCUGGCAGCUACAACCCUUCAUACACAUCUUCAUUUGUGUUCAGCUACCCAGAGGGAGCCUGCGGGGUCAGCGCUAACCAGAGAAACAGCAGCAGCGAGCAGUCCUCUGAUUCCCUGAACUCACCCUCGCUGCUCGCGCUCUGACUGACCGACAGACACACACACCACACACACACGCGCCCCUGUGUCAAUCACUUACAUACGGCAAAAACCAGUUGCUCAAGGUAGAUGAGGUCAACAACAUGCACAAACAUGCAUUAUUUAAUUAUUCAUACAAACGCACACACAUUCAGACCAAGUAAACAUGAAAUCAAACAAAGUUUGACCACAUAGCAUUUAGUGCAUAUAAGCCACUGUUGUCCUUAUGAGAAAACUAAAUGUAACUAAUCAAGUAUUUAAAGUGAAUUCAAAUUGAGUCUAAAACUCUGGGCUCUGAGUUGUCAGUCGAUCUGUGAAACAUCCUCUGACAUCAUACCCAGCUUAAUUCACAAUGAAUCUUUCAACGUCUUGUGACGUGCACGUACAGUGCAUACAGUAAAUAGUAACUCGCUCACCUGCGAUCCCACAAGCACACUUAUCCUCCCCUUCGUUCCCUCUGUCGGUCAUCCCUCUCUCACUGCUCCUGCUCUCAUCUGUUUCAUCCCUCUCUUCAUGCUGAAUGUAUUUGUGCAAGCUGAAAUAGGGAAGAAGGACUUAGGUUUGGGUCUUUCUUUGUGAGGCCAGACUACUGAGCUCUUGCUCGCCCCUCCUGCCUUCCUCAUCCUAUUGGUUCCUCUUGCUUCUUCGUCAUUAGUUGUGACUUGGAAAGGGGAGGGCGUCACAGCCUCCAGUUAUCUGGCUCUUUCUCCUUUUAUCCUGCAGUCUACUCUUCGUCCAUCUCUCCAUCUUUGUUUCCCUCCUCUGUAUCUCUCUCUCUCUCUCUCUCUCUCUCUCUGUCUCUUUGAAGUCUUCGAACCCUGAGAGCACGCCGAGCCCUUCCAGCCCCUGGGACCUUGACUGAGCGCCGGCCCACCUCACACGUCCCCCUCGUCCCCCCACACGGACACGGACGCC